AUGAGAAUCGGCGGGCCGUGGUUGGUGCUCAACUCGGCGGGACAAGCGCAGAUGCUCGAGGCCGGAAAGCAUACAAUCAUGCGGCGAACUGGUUUGCCGGCGAGAGAUCUCCGGAUUCUCGAUCCGCUUCUCUCGUACCCGUCGACGGUUCUGGGUCGAGAGAGAGCGAUCGUCAUCAAUUUGGAGCAUAUCAAAGCGAUUAUCACCGCGCAAGAGGUUUUAUUGCUUAAUUCCAAGGAUCCUUCGGUGUCGCCUUUCAUUAACGAGUUGCAGAGAAGAAUCCUGUGCCAUCAUCAAGCGACUAAAGCUCAGGUGGAAGAGAAUUCGGAGGAAGAGCCUCUAACCAUGGUAGAUUCUGCCCAAGCAGAACCUGGAGACCCGCAAUUGUUUGAGAAUCAAGACAGUGAAGCCAAGACAGAUGCAAAGCAAGGUCUUGAGAAUCAAGAUGGAUCAAAGGUUCUUCCCUUUGAGUUUGUUGCUCUUGAAGCCUGUCUUGAAGCUGCCUGCAGCAGCUUGGAACAUGAGGCUUUAAGAUUGGAGCUCGAGGCUCAUCCGGCUUUGGACAAGCUAACUUCCAAAAUCAGUACUCUCAAUUUGGAACGAGUUCGUCAAAUUAAAAGCAGGCUGGUUGCUAUAACUGGACGUGUACAGAAGGUCCGAGAUGAGCUAGAACAUCUGUUAGACGACGAUGAAGAUAUGGCUGAGAUGUAUCUUACGGAGAAAUUGGCUCAGCAACUUGAGGAUUCUUCAAGUUCUUCUAUGAAUGAUAGUGAUACGGUUGAGGAUGACCUUCCUGUGGAAGACGCUGAUGACAGGUUUGCUCCUGAAUUCGGGUCGGAGGUUAAUAUAGACACUGUUUCCUAUGAAGGUGAGCCUCAAACGGGCAAUGCCCAUGAUCUUCUUAUGAGUGCUCAUAAUGAACUUAGCAGGAACAGCCGUGGGACUCAUACUAGUACGACUCGGAGUGCCGUAAGCAAGGCUUUUGAUGUCGAAGAGCUCGAGAUGCUCCUGGAGGCAUAUUUCGUGCAGAUUGACGGUACCCUGAACAAACUAUCAACUCUGAGGGAAUACGUGGAUGACACAGAGGACUACAUCAACAUAAUGCUGGACGACAAACAGAACCAUCUUCUGCAGAUGGGAGUGAUGUUGACGACAGCAACACUUGUGCUGAGCGCAUUUGUCGUCGUGGCUGGAAUAUUCGGUAUGAACAUUCGUAUAGAGCUGUUCAAAGACGAGGCAGCCGGCCCACGCAAAUUCCUAUGGACCGUCCUCGGAGGCGCUCUGGGAAGCAUCUGCCUCUACGUUGGUGCCAUCAGCUGGUGUAAGCACCAACGCUUGCUCGAAUGACAGCGACGCUAUCUGGAGGGAACAAUGUCUUCCCAAAGCAUGUUUCCAUAUAUAUAUAUAUAUAUAUAUAUAUAUAUAUAUAUAUUCACUCUUAUGUGAAUCUGGGUAGAAUUCGAUUUGAAAAUUUGGAUGAUGUAUCGAUGAGGCAAGUUGAAUUGUAAUUUGUAAGUAUUGGGUUUGUUCAAGCUCUGUAUAUCUCAUUGGCACCAAUCAAGCCUUGUUCGAUGGAUACACCUUGUUGGAUGAUAAGAGUUGUCGACAUCA